AGCCAGUGUGCAGUACGAGGUAACCUGACGAGUGGUAGAGGCGCUCCCCCGGUUCUGUGGCUCGCGCCUUGGUACUAGGGACCGAGACUGUUCUGGCGACGGCGACCUCUGCGGCGACGGCUGAGGUUCUCGGAAGAGUAGCGGAGGACGGUCCGGAGGAGGGGCUUCUAGUUAACGCAGGUUCUGUCAUAAUGAAUGGAUCCAGUGUGGCAAAUACAUCAUCCAGUAUAAAAUCCAAGGAGGACCAGGUGUUAAAUGGACAUGAUGAGAAGGAAAACCCAUUUGCAGAGUACAUGUGGAUGGAGAAUGAAGAGGAUUUCAACAGACAGGUGGAGGAGGAGCUGCAGGAGCAAGAAUUCCUGGACCGCUGCUUUCAGGAGAUGUUGGACGAGGAAGACCAAGACUGGUUUAUUCCAUCUCGAGACCUGCCUCAGGCCAUGGGACAGUUGCAACAACAGUUGAAUGGACUGUCGGUCAGUGAUGGUCAUGAUUCUGAAGAUAUUUUGAGCAAAAGUAACCUGAACCCGGAUGCCAAGGAAUUUAUACCAGGAGUGAAGUACUGAGCUGAUGGGAAGCUCUGAGGACUCGUGUGUCCCGCCUCUGGGGACAGCGCUGCACAGGAAGGCGGAGCUGAGGGGGGGAUGGGCAGGGGGUGCACAGCGGGGAAGGGAACAGCGGUUUAGCUUGGCACUGUGAGCAGAGUAACUGAUGUGCUCGGUCUUUCUCUACAAGCCUCUGAGUAUUUCUCUUUUGUUCUACUGACUUUCAUUUGAAGCAAUUUCCUAUUGUUUUUAUUAGCUUUUCGAUUUAGGGAAAUUGCAAUCUUUCCCCAUGCCCUCAUCAGGAAUGUUCUGCUGUGUGUUUAAAAGAAUAAGCUGACCAAGAAAAUCUGGGUGUUUAAAGAUGCCCUACCCACCCUGCUGUCUACUUACCAAGGGCAGUGAACACCUGGAGCACUACAUAUUCAGUCUGUUGAGCUGGAUGGGAAGAGGGACAGUUGGAAGAAGCAGGUGUUGUAAACCAGAGUAUACAGCUCCCCGACCCCUGGGGGUUUCCUGCAAUGUGCUGGGAUUACCACUGGCCUGCUGAGCUCAUGUCUCCUUGCCUGAACCCCGUUCAAGAAAACACAGGCUUAAAAGUACUGGUUUACCAGUACUUUAGAUGGUUGAUAAACCAGCUUUCAUCAACCACCUUUUGAUGGUUAAUGAAAGUAUAGAAGGAGAGGACUGGGAUGGUGGUGUCACUUGAGUCAUUGAUUUACUGUUGACCUACUCUUAAGCCUCUGUUUACAGCUACCGUCAGACUCAUUAUUUACAAGGUAAAAGAGCUCUAGGGUGGAUUUGCCACCUCGACUCUCAUGGUGUCUAAUCCCCUGUCUCCUUUCUGCCCCAAACCCUAUUCUGUUUUUAAGAAGAGACUGUUACCAAAGGUGUGUGAGAGGCAUGCAGUGCUGGCCAUCAGCUUCAGUCUGGAGAGAUCAUCCUUGAAUCCUGAUAGUUAUCGUCUUAAAUUUAUUUUGACAGUUCUUUCCUGGCCCUGUGAAGACUUGGUCCACCUGUAUCUUACUUUCCUUAGAAAGCUAGACAGAGGAAUCUCUGAAUUUAAUGUUAUUUCCAUUACAAAGCUGAACAUGUGUUAAGAUCGUGCUGCCUUUGUUGGAUCGAUUUAAGAAGAGGCCAGCCAGCAGAAGCCGUCAAGAGGAGAAAGGGAAUGAACUUUGUGGUACAUCCCAGCGGUCUGUGCAUGACCUGUGCAUCUGCUGGUGUGGAUGGUGAAGUGCUGACAAGGCCAGGGCAGCUCAGCACCUCCAGCAGGCCCAGGCUUGGACUUUGGACCUUUUCCCUAUUUCUCAGGUGUUUAAAAGCUGUUUCUGUUCCUUUUUUUCCCUAUGUAUACAUUACAUGGUAGUUGUUAAUACUUCUUUGUGGGAGGGGCAGAGCUUUAAAAUUGAAGAAAAUAAUUUUCAUAAAAAUAUCAAAAAUGGAAAAAAGUUACUUUUUAAAAAAUUUGCUAUACAAACAAAGUGGCAGCUGUUGAAAAUCUCAUUAAAAUGAGAAUAAAAUGCA